AUGAGUCAGCCACUGUGUGGAUUUGACGCGCUGCGCGGCGCCGUGUUUACAUUUCGCCGUAAUAAUGCAGGCGGAAGCGGCGCCGGCAGCUGGGAUUCACUGCCGGCAGGUGGCGCGGAGACGGCGCGUUCAUUACCGGCAGUCGCGGCGCCUUCCGUAAUUACUCCGUCCAGGGAGCACGCUGGGGUCAGCAAACACCUCUGGCCGCAACUUGGGCCCCUAUUCAGCCCCUGGGCCGAGAUCCGGCUUAGGAGGAUUUUGGCGCAGACGCGCCACGGCGCUGCCCUCCGGACACUUGCUGCUGCGAAGCAGAUCGAUACUGUCAUAGAGGAUGCGCUUUGGCAUGCAGCAGUUCGUCUCUGGCUUCUGCAGAAAGAGCACGGCCGCGGGCUGUGUGCGCUCGUAGUGAGUGUGUUUGGCAGCUGGAGACUUGCUACGUCCGCCCUGUGUCGGACCACAGCGCCGCGGCGCCUGCCACCAACGCCCGCGUUCCGCGGCGCGCCUCUGAUCAAAGCCGCCGCCCGGCACGGCGGGCUAUGCUGUCUGCCACCUCUGCAUUAUGCCAUUGCCUCUGCCGGAGUCCCUCUGUCCCUGGUACUGCCUGCCGUGCUAGAUGCCUGUGACGCUGAUCCGGUGUCCGGCGCGAAGCCGCAGCAAGAUACUGUGUGGUUAUCACCACAGUGCCUUGCUGCCAGGCAGUACUUCUAUGACCUCGUGAGGAAGAACCUGACGUCACUGGAGCGCUUCCACCGGCGCAUCUCGCAGCACGAACUGUACCGCGCGGGGGACCCCGUGAUCGAAGACGUACUGCGCGACCUCGCCACGCAGCGCAUCGUGCACGUCAGUCAAAAAGAUGGAGGCACUCAAAUCAAGCUGGUCAUCGACUACGCUAACCAGAUGCAAGCUCUGUUCAAGCCUAUGCGGUUUCCUCGGGACCAGCAGACACUGCCCAAUCACUUCUACUUCACAGACUUCGAGCGGCACACGGCAGAGAUCGCCUCCUUCCACCUGGACAGACUGCUGGGCUUCCGGAGGGCGAUGCCGGUGUCGGGGCGCGUCCUGAACAUGACAAGCGAGCUGUACGAGCUGGCGGACGGCGAGCUGCUCAAGACGUUCUUCGUGUCGCCGUCGGACAACCUGUGCUUCCACGGGCGCUGCUCGUACUACUGCGACACGGCGCACGCCAUCUGCGGCAACCCGGACACGCUGGAGGGCAGCUUCGCCGCCUUCCUGCCCGACAAGGCGGUCGCGCCGCGCAAAGUGUGGAGGCACCCCUGGCGCCGCUCCUACCACAAGCGCCGGAAGGCCCAGUGGGAGAACGACCCUGACUACUGCUCGCUGGUGCGCGACAUCCCGCCGUACGACAGCGGGCGGCGGCUGCUGGACCUGAUGGACAUGGCGGUGUUCGACUUCCUGACGGGCAACAUGGACCGUCACCACUACGAGACGUUCCGCAUGUUCGGCAACGACACGUUCCCGCUGCACCUGGACCACGGGCGCGGCUUCGGCCGGCCCUUCCAUGACGAGAUGUCCAUCCUGGCGCCCGUCAUACAGUGCUGCCUUCUGCGGCAGUCGACGCUCACCACGCUGCUCAGGUACCACAACGGCCCCCGCAAGCUGAGCGACGCGAUGCGGGACGCGAUGCAGAAGGACCCGGUGGCGCCGGUGCUGUGGGAGCCGCACCUCGCCGCGCUGGACCGCCGUGUGCGCAUCGUGCUGCAGGCCGUGCGCGACUGCGUUGCCCGCGACGACGCCGUCGAGGCGGUGGUGCGCAACGACGCCGACGGCGACGCCGCCGACGCCGCCCCCGCCGCCCCCGCAAGCGGCUCCUAGCGGCGGCGCGCGCGGCGGCGGCUGCGGCAGCGCCAGCGGAGGCGCCUGCACCCGUAGCCGCCCCCGCGCACCACCCCUCGGACAGCCGACAGUCGUCGGACACUGUGUGUUUACAAUGGACUCUGCUCUCGUGUGAUGGUCGUCGCAAAAGUAAACAACAACCUAGGGACCACGCUGCUUCCAUAGCGCCCGCUCCAGAACUCGUGUCCUACUCUUUUUCUACAGCUCCACUGAGCUUCACCAGUUCUCUGCUGAACCUGUAAAUGUACAUGUGUACACACGACAUGAGAUUCGUGCUUUUUUUCUGCCGAUCAAUUCCUAACAAAGAAGGGGAACUUAGCCAUAUCUAAACUGACAUAUACCGCUCAGAAUAUUUCACACAAAUGUUCCUAAACGCAAAUCACAGCGUUAACGCAUACGAUACAGCUAGUCCUGUACGCUUUUUGGUCUGCAAGUAAAUGCCGUAUUAUCCUCCGUAUUGCGUACAAGAAAGCGACGAACUCCUCACCGGCUCUUCUCUCUAGCCAGUACGAACUGAUACGCACAGUAUAACUCGACCUCUUUGCUAGGAAUGCAGCGAGCGUAAUGAUCGCCUCCUAGGUGGGGGGAGGGGUGUAACGGGAACAAGCCCCGCCUUCUUCUCGCAGGGCAUGCAGCACAAUGAAAAUAAUGUUGCAUUCAUAGCGCCUACCAAAAUGCUACGAUCUGUUACACUGUUUUCUAGGAAAGGUUGACAGUGGCGGAAACUCUCCGUACCAGCGCUAAGUCAGCUAAUUUCAUUCGACUCCUUCGCUUCCAGAAAAGUGCCAAGUUAUAUUGUGCGUAUUGUAGUUUCACUUGUAAUUACACAUUCUUUGCCGAUUCACAAACUUUCAGCGCCAGUGACAAGACCAGCUGAUGUCACAAGCUCUUUACGCUUCUUGGUCGUGACGCACCAAGGACUGAAGACACUUGUGAUGAUGUGUUUAAUAAACAUGUAUUACCAACGACGCUAAAGAAAUAAUUGCAAUCCAAACAGUUCGUCUGACUCACAAUGUUUAGGGACUCAUUUGACUUUUUAAGAAAAUUCCAUUACGUCCCUGUUAUACAGAAUGUCCCAUAAAAACUCCGACGAACAUGAUAAAUAUCGAAAUAAGAAAAAUAUUUCCGUAAAGAUGGCCUCUGAAAUGCAUACUUGAAGAGGUAUGAUCGCUUGUUCAUUUUUGAUUCUGUGAAAUAGUUCUCUUCUACUGGAAGGUCUUAGCUUUCCAAAUUUGAGGAAGAAGUAUUGACCAAAACGAGGAAAAACUUUCCAGUAAAUGUGGGCUCUAAGAUGAAUACCUUAAGAGUUAUGAGCAAUUGUUCAUCUCCGCUAGUGUGAAAAACAUCUCUUCUACAGAACACGUGCUCAUAGCUCUUAAGAUAUGCAUUUUAGAAUCCAUGUUUAUUUGAAAUUUUUUCCUUGUUUUGGCCCGUACUACCUCUUCCCAAAAUAGAGAAAGCAAAGAGCUUGUAGAAGAAGAGAUGUGUUUCGUAGCGUGGUCAAGUGCGCACCAGACUUUUUUCUUGUUUUCGUGUAAGGAACUUGCCCCGAAAAUUUGUCAGUAAUUUUUUUUGUGGUGGAGGGAGGGAGGGGGAUUCUGCACAUCUUGCCAUACACGGGAAAAUUCACAUAGCCAUAAUGUCGUCUUACGUACCAAAUAAACACAGAUACAUUUCUCUGUUCCGUACCUUUUACUCCGCAAUACAAUGAGAAAACUUGAAAAGUCCUAAGCAGUUGGAGAUAGGCUUUCAGUAGACUGCAACUCUUCUAAAUACUUAAUUAAGACGGAGAUUCUCCUAUCAGUCAACGCGUUGUUGCGUUUCAGGUACAAUGUAAAACUGCAAAAGGAGCAUGGUUCAAGCGAAACAUCAGUCUGUCGUUAAAGCGAAAGCAAAAUUACGAAAAAUAGUCAUCAGUGCCAUUGCAUCGAUAUGGCUUCCAAGUCGACACUUACAGACAUGGUAAGCAAUAUGUAAUUAGUAAGGAACACUGUAUGGUUGACGACACAUACUCUCAGAAGAUGUACAAGAGAGACAAACAAAAACAAAGUGUUUCUGUAAUCUUAUAUCGUGCUGAAUGCUCAACAAAAUAGUGAAAGAAUACUCUCAAAAAUUUGUAACAACUUCCUACUUUAGUCUACUGAUUUAUGACUUUUUGCGAAUUGUUCCCAUAAACCAGAAGCCAUUGUCUUUGAGCGAAGCAAUGCGGACAGAUAAUACAGCUAUAUGUGUACUCUUAGGCCUUUUUCGUUCGUGACGCUACAGUGUAGUCCCUCCAGGCCCAUAUUUGAAUCACAACAACAUGCUGUCAAAUAUAAAGUAAUGGAAAAAGCUACAGUUAACUUUUAGCUGUGGCCACUUUAAAACUAUUGUUUAAAGACUUUUAUGGGUUCCAGAAACAGUCAAACAUUAACUGAGUGAGUGUUCCAGUUCUUCGUUCUCAGUGAGUCAACUGCAGGACGGUAUAUUGCAGUGCAGUUCGUCAUUGGUCGCUUUACAACAUAUUACAUAUCAUACACUGGUAAGUUUGUGAGACAAUAGUGUGUGAAACGUCCUUCUAGACUGUUUGUUAGUUCCAAGAACUGCUUCAUACGGCCUGAAUAGAAGGGCCAUCAUUGGCUGUGACAAUAUGGUGAUUUGCGACUAUUAUCCGGUGGUUUUUCCUCUUUUGGUACGUGGACAAUGAAACGCCAGUGGUUAUUCAAUAUGUAGGCCUGAUAGUGCUUCAUCUGUUAAAGCCAGCAGUCGUCGAAUGUUUGCGGAAAAAUGAGUAUAACGUUACCGCUUAGCCAGUGCCGUGAAGAUGCAUCCGAGCAGAUGUCUAAAGCUGUCACCAUUAUGUGAUGAUCUGUUAUUUUUGUUGUUACUUUGGUCUGUGUACAUAACACGGUUAAAUUAUGUUGAAAUAUAACUGUUAAUUGUGUGAAAAUUACAAUGGAAGCCUAUAUUCGUGUUCUGUUGGGAAACUGACCUUGUUUAAUAACAAAUAAAGCUGUUAUACAGAA